AUGCCAAACGAGAGUAAUCCUAAGAAGAAACACAAAGGAAACAAAGGAAUACCCCUUCCGAUUUACAAAAAUGAUGAACCUAUCUCAAAUUCAUCAACAUCAUUAGGAACCAAUAUUUUUUCAAGCGACAAAGAUUCCAAAAAAUUUGUAUCUAUCGCCACGCAAACAGAUGCUCACAUUUCAACACCUGAACUCAAGCUGGAAAACAGCUCAAGUAGUGGAGGAAUUAAUAACACCCAAAUGAGAACCGAUGCUUAUCUUGUUCCACAAAUCCCAAGAAUUCCAAAAACACUUGAAGAAAAAGAAUCAACUCGCAGAUUGAUAGUAGUACUAGAAAGAGCAUGUUUGGAAACCCAUAGAGUUGCAAAUACGAAACCACCUCAAUAUCAAUUAAUUAAUUGUGAUGAUCAUCAAAAAACUUUACAAAAAUUGGGCAACGUUAACUCCAGAACUUAUAGGCCUGACAUCACACAUCAGUGCCUGAUGGCGUUGCUGGAUAGUCCCUUAAAUAAAGCUGGAUUAAUGCAAGUUUAUAUUCAUACGACUAGCAACGUAUUGAUUGAAGUUAGUCCUCAUGUGCGAAUCCCAAGAACAUUUAAACGGUUCUCGGGCCUAAUGGUACAACUUAUCCAUAAACUCAGCAUUCGUUCGGUAAAUGGAGAGGAAAAAUUAUUGCGCGUUAUAAAAAAUCCAGUAACAAAUUACUUACCCACAAAAUGUGUGAAAUUAGCACUUUCAUAUGAUGCAAAACCAAUUCGCCUUUCAAAUUAUUUACCCACCUUACCUUCAGACCAUUCUAUUUGCAUUGCCGUUGGUGCUAUGGCCCACGGAGCAGAUAACUUUGCUGACGAAUGGGUUGAUGAAAAAAUUGGUAUUUCACAAUAUCCCUUAUCUGCUGCCGUCGCUUGCUCAAAGUUCUGUUGUGAAUUGGAAUCUUUUUGGGGAAUAUG